CAAUCUCGGAGCGACAUGCAUCCAUUGAUUCAGCGGGCGCUCGUUUAUUUGGUGCAUUGAUGCAGGCCACCUGUGGCGCGCCAGUACUGGAUAGCCCUUGAGGAAUCAUCCCUUUCGUGUGUACAGCAUUCCCAGGGAGGUGAAAAGGUUGACUUUUCGUUAGCAUUGUGUACCUUUUCGUUAGAUCUUUUGUAGAUACUUGUCCGCAGAAGCCAGCCUGAGAUCCAGGCUUUCUUCUGCAUCAGCUCUUGGAGCAGCUCUGCCAGGAGCUCUUUCAUUUGCGCCAGCUCCGACUGAGGAUUGCCUUGAAAGGGCAGCGCCGAGCCCAGGGGCAGCUCCCCAACCUGCACGGCAAUGCUAAGGGCGCUUGUUGGAACUGCUCGUCACUGUUCAAAUUUGUGCGGGCGGUCCUGGAGUGUCAAUAGCUUUGUAACGGCGCGGGCGCACCGGAGAGCUGUUUCGAAGGGUGCGCUCAUUGACACAGCAUUGAUUGGUCUGCUCAUGCGUGCCUACACAACGUCAACCUGCCCCACCCGCAAUGGAGCCUGCAUGGCAUUGGGAAGAGACGCUUCAGUAUCCUCCAGACCUCACAUUGUUGCCAGAUCUUCUGUGGACCGAAGGCCCUCAGAGUUGCUCAGAUGAGCCAACAUUUCUGUCACAAGGAACUUGCGAUGAGACUGACUUGUUCAUUCAGAGCCAGGAAUCACAAGGCUAUGUUGUCAGCACCAGCCCAGAGCCGCUGAGCCCUAGCAUGCGGGCCUGCAGGAAGCGUAAGCUGAUUGGAGAAGAGCACCGGCAGGCAGAGAGGGUCUCCCUCAGUGGCUGUGCGUCAGACUUCCUGGAACCAUCAACAAUCUUGAGCACUGAGUCAUGGAGCCAAGACCACGGUGUUGACUGCACUGCCGGCAGCUCAUAUGCUGUCCUUAGAGGUGAAGAGGCUGAACUUUUGGAUGGAGUGGAAUCUAUCUUCGUACCUGUCAAGGAUAUCAAUCCAAGCUACACAUGCGAAGAGGCUACGGUUGAAAGCAUUGAGCCAAGCCCGCCGGGACCAGACCAUUUCCUGAGGGCAACAAAGCGACAGCAGAUGCAAGAUGCUGGCAAGCCUCAACGCGGACAGCGAUUCACAAUCGGCAAGGGCAUCAAGCAAGAACAAAAUCCCCUGAGCUCGCCCCCGCGAGCCGGCACCGCCGUGCCAAGUCUGGCCUCCCCUCUGUCGCCUCUCCCAAUCCAACCCAGCAAAUACCCUACCCAAUUGUUCACCCCCCCCCGCAAUCUAGAGCGGCGAGUUUCCGGGGGAAGCAAGAUCUAUCCAUUCGGGCCCCCUAGGCAGGAGUUGGGAGCAAGCCCUACCCGUUCUGACGUCAGCCAGGGGCUGCGGUCCCCACCCACGCCGGCACAGAAAGUGGCGCACUCUCCCGCCGUGUCUAGUUCGUCUCCCAGGACUCGUUCGCUGGGGGGGAGGACGGUGAUCAAGCUGACGAAGAUUAAGACAGAAGGGACGGGGUCUAUCACAGUGCUGAAAACGAAGUGAAGGCACGCCUGCGGGCUGUGGAAAGAUGAGCUGAUGAAAAAGAACGAGCUGAUGAAAAAGAAUGAGCUGAUGAAAAGUACAACUAGAGAAGAGGGCUUCUUGGCGAGGAGAUCAUAUCGUCGGGGCACGGGGGGAGGUAUUACAGCAAUGUGAUGUACCAUAGCGCAUUGACAACAGGUGGUGAUCAGGUAUAGGGCUAUAGGAUCCGCAGUGGCGUUUCUCAUUCAGGCUAAGCCAGGCAAAGCCGGGAAUAGCUAGUGUAUGGUACGUAACAUAUGGCAUUCGCAUGAAGGGGACUAAUAACCAGAUGAGCGACCGUUUUUCUCUAGCUUCUCAGAAGAUUGAGGGCGAUGAAUCCAGAUUGGCAAGCGUAGGAGCAUGGAGACAGUUAAGAUGAACACUCAAUGGCAGGCACGCGUGAGGGAAUGUCAACAAGGCUGGUGCGCGCGUACGAGCUUAUCUGUACAUCCAAGUUUGAUUGUCGGACUUAUAAGAAAGAAGACCAGAUCUAAGCUAGUUUGCUUUGGGGACUGAUUCGAGAUGCUGGAAUCUUAUAGCGGCUUCCCAUACUCAUCUUUGGACUGCUUAAGGAAGUACUCAAGUUCGACUCAAACACAACGUGUUCUCAAGCAACCAUGUAGUUCGCCGACGAGCCAACACCGUCUGCGCAAAGGAUCCAGUUUUAGUACCGUCUGCUAU